AUGGUUGACAAAAAAAUCAAACAAGUUUUCGGUGAAUCGAAUGUGAUAAUGGAAUGGCUGGUGGACGGAAAGAUGAUGUGCGUGAAUACAAUCGAAGAUAUGCGCCGCCAAAUCAACCUCGUUUACAUGGACACGCACUUGGUGGACAUUGGCGUCAGUUUCUACACGCAAGACUUGGAAGUUCAUGUCGCAAAGAAACUGCCAAUUGUCGACUGGAGGUACAAAUAUGUCAAGUACAAUGCAUGGGAUGCUCCGGUGUUUAUCUUCUUCAAAGACCAAAAUAUGACCAAUGAUGAUAUCGAAAUUCUAAUAAUGUUUGAAAAGAGCGCGUAUUACAACUCGUAUGCCUUCCAACUCAACCAGAUUCUACCUGACAGCUACAAAAACCACGAACUUAUGUUUGAUCAAAAACGAAGUCUCUACACUGGUUACCCUGCUCAAGCGAUUAUGCGAAAUAUCAAGGAUUACGGCGGUAAUUUUCUCGCGACUCUGAAACAGACGGAAACUGGGAAAUUAUGGAAAGUAAAGAUCAAAUUCUAUAAGAAACGAGUCUUUGUGAGGGACGGAAUCAAGGCCACUCAAAGAGAAUGGGAAGAUGAUUCUCUUGUUUUCAUGUUCAAUGAAGACUACUACCAACCGGCGGACUCGAUGAUAGUCCCCAUCGAAAUUGAAUUUACAGACGGCGUCAGAUCAUUCGAAAAGAAAUUCUUGACAAGGAAUUAUCCUUAUUUUCGGACUGUUUUCAGACCUAGAAAGGGAGAACCAAGAGUGGAACGAGUUUCUCUUCCAAUGACCGAGUACAUGUUUCGAUUGUUGGACUUGCGAGUAAAGAACCAGCCACGGACUCAAUUUUUGCGCCGCCUCGAUGAGUUUCAACGACGCCCUGAAGAUCUAAAGAGUGCGGUUGAAUUCCUGAAAGUCGAAAAGAAGCUCGCAAGUUUUGUGAAAAAAUCAUGGGAGUUCCGAUCAUGGCUGCGUUUUCCAAAUGACCCCAUUUUCCUUGACGUGCACGAAAUGAAGAAAGAAGUGAAUCUGAGACUUAUUGACGAGAACAUUGUUAAUCUUGGCGCGAACGUUUGUUACAAUCAAAAACGAAUCCCCAAAGUGAUGCCAGAAGUACCCUCGGAAUUCGGCUUCGCGCGCUAUCAUCCAUUCGGCAAGUACUUUGUGUUUUCCGAGACGGGAUAUGGAUGGAGAUAUUCGGGCAUUCUCUUUCGCAUUGUUUUUGAAAAGGAUGAUAAAUUUUUAUCAUACACUUACGACUUCCGCGAAAAGAAAUCUCCCGAGUUCAAGAAUGAAGUCUGUGAAUUAUACAGUCAUUUGGACCAAGCAUUAUCUGUCGAGCCCGCCAAUUUAAAUGAAUACGAUGGUCCCUUCCGAUGUUCCAUCCCAGUUACAGCAGAGAAUUCUCCUUCCGCUUGGAAAAUAUCGAUCAAAGCUAAACGAAGAAAGAUCUACAAGUUUCCUGGUGCCCUGCGAUUGCUAGAAAAGAAAUGUCGAGAUGUUGGAAUCCACUUUUUACUCGUCGAAGAUGGUGAUGAUCUUAAAUUUGUGCCCGCCUCUGACUUUUUUUUAAUUUCUGAAUUUUCCUAUGAAAGGAUUUAUUAA